CCAGAGGAGUCGCCCCCUGGUGGCCAGUAGAGAGAAUGCAACUUUAAGACACUUCUGUUGUGUUUACAAACUGUAACGAACGAUUCCUGCCUAGCAUGCCUUUUAAAUAUUGGGAUUUUACACAAUUACAAUUUGUCAGUGGAAAUGUUACAUUUUUCCGGUCCCUGAUAUUAUGACUGUCGCCUGCUGUGCGCUCAUGAAAACAUAUGUUGUCACCAGCAGAGUAUGUUUCAGAUAUGCAACAUUCCUCCAUCGUCAUGCAUUCUUCACAGACCCCCGCCGCCGUGUUUACGUUGUCUAUUUUCAGUCCGCCGUUAUCUAAGACUACGAGCGGCGGUGAGUGCUCGUUCUCACGGUGAUAUCUCCGCGGCUGAUUGUUAUGAGUUGUAAUCACUGAUUGCUCAUUUGUUCCUUAAUAAACACCUCACUCAUGUGUCAGGCUCAGCAGAGACCUCGGCCCAGCUGAUUGAUUGGCCUCGCUCCACUCCGAAACAUUUAAAGGGUAUUAUUUCAACAUCUUUCCCCAGAUUACACUGCUUUCCCCUAAUUAAUGGCAGCAAUCAAUACAAUUACUCAAUCCCCAUGGAUUGCCACAUGAAUGUGGACAAUUGCAUUUGGCCUUAAAACCUGAGAUGCUUGAUUUAAUUACUCCAGCUAUCUUUAAGUUCUCCCACUCUUGCUGCACUUAUCACGGUAAGUAACAUGGGUAUAUCUGAAAUCUAUUGUGUCUGUGGUGCUUACAGUGGUAGAGCGGUAUGUGAAUAAGUGGCACUGCACUCCAGCGAGCUAGCUUCUAAACGGUCGUGUGAUGCGUGCAUAAGAAUGCUCGGCGGCGGUGUGGAUGGUCAGGAUUAACAAGGCACACAGAGUGCAGGACUGCUGAGUCAGGUUUAAAGCUCAUUGUGUGGGAGCUCUUAAAGGAUCCACGUUUUAUACAGUGACUCGUGAUGAAUGCUGCCUUUUCUGGGCCUGUCAUUGUUUGGUGGUAUUACGUGUCCAAGUAGAGAUGACAGGAUCACUUGUUGGCAUGUGUUUCUGCACAGAUACAAUGGACUAUAAUAAGAUUUCUAUUCCACAGCUGAAACACGUGUUCAGGCAAAUUAAUUUGGGAUCAAAGGAGGGAUCUGGGAAAUGUAGGAUAUCAUUACAAGAAGUAGUGGAUGAGGCAACAUGUUUUUCCCAGUUCAUCUUGAUGGUUGUUGGUGUUAAUGAUGUCUAAUAGGAUAACAUGAUGAGGUGAUGACAUGGAUGUAAACUGCAACUUUAAUGGUUGACGGAGGCAUAAAACGCGGUAAUUCUAGUUUCUUUUAUUAUUCCAAUACAAAAUCAUUCACUAGUUUCAGCCUCUGAAUAUGUUGGAGAAGUGUGAAGAUUUGCUUCUUUAUUUGGUGUUGUGUGAUGUUAAACUCAUCACGUCGUCCUCAUGAGGAGAUGGAGUUUCCCCAGUUGUCAUGGAAUUGGAUAUUUUGUCUAUUUUUACUGAACACUAAAGAUUUAUCUCAGUAGAGGUAGGAGUACUGCAGAAGUAGUAUUAAUACUACAGUGUAAAAAUAAAAGUCUUGUAUUCAAAUUUUACCAAGUAAAGAUUUACUGUCAGCAAAAUAUAUCAAAAGUAGAAGCAUUCAUGAUAAAGAAUCACCCAUUUAAGGGCUUAUAUUAUUAUUAUAUCUAUUAAUGGAAUUUUAUUUUUGAUGCAUCAAAUUAGCAGCAUUUUAAUGUUGCAGCUCAUUUUAAUUCAUAACAAUGCAUGAUUCAUUUGUAAAAUCUUUAAAAACCAGCUUGUAGGAUUAAACACAACACACAAACACACAAUAGUCUCUACAUGUAAACAAAGACAUGCAUCUGUAUGUUUCAUAAGAACAUCUGUACGAGUGGAUUUCCUGGAUUCUGAGCACCUUAAUGUGAAAUCUGGACUCCAUCACAAACCUGCAGCCGUGCCUUGAGCAGCUCAUGAUAUCUCGUCCUCUCUGUGUAUUUUUCAGAGGGCUGACAUUUGGGACGUCUCAAUCUCCCUCUGUCCCCGCCUCCUUUAGCCAGCCCGGCGUUUUUAUACGGCGCCUGGUAUCCUCUGAGAAUUUCUGAAAUGAACACCGACAUUUGGGGCCUCUCAAUCUCCACGCCUCCGCCUCGUUCUUCAAUUAUUGUCAUUAUUUCUUGCCUCCACCGUCCCGGCCACCACGGACCCUCCAAAUAAUUUGUUCCGCUGAAAGGAAAUGUGACAUUUUCGGCUCCACAGUCACAGGUGAAAAAUAAAGAGUGGACGGUUAAGUGAAGAAAGGAGUAAUUGAAAUGGCAGUGUGAUGCCCGCAGGAGCCGCACUAAAGAACCAGCUGGAUUAAGUGCUGUGACAGAAGUUUUUGUCGUUCCGUCGUCAGCCGGUCAUAUCGUAGCAUAUCUACCGUUUCUUCAUUAAGUGCAAACAUCAGUUCUUUUACCGUAAUAUGUCACUGUUAAGGUACUUAAUUCAUAUCUGUUUCUGUCACUUGUUUUCCGUUUAUUAAGCUCUGCUGAAGUGAUUGUUAAAGGCUGGUGCAGAGUGGGAAAACAAAGAGCUGUUACAUGAUGUUGCAUGUUGCAGGAUUUUCUAAAAGUGGGUUAAUAUGAGAUGAUUUAUUCUGCUCUUUUUAUAUCUGAUAUGGAGAAAGUCAAAUAUCGCAAUAUUUUGAACCAAAUACCUCGAUUAAUGAUCAGUAAUGUGGAUAUAAUGAUUAAGUACUUACUUUACUGUAAUGUUUCCUUUAAAACCAGGAAAGAAGUCACUUAUGCCAUUUUACCAUAUCCAAAAGCUAAGACAACAUCUAGUCUCAUAUCACUACAUCGAUAUUAUAUUGAUAUAUUGCCCAGCUCUUGUGUCUGUACAGUAGCUUAGCUUAGCAUCAAGACUGGAAAUGAGAGGAAGUAGCUAGCCUGGCUUUGUCCAAUGCCAAAAAAUAAAAUCAGCCUCUAAAGCUAUAAUUAAAGUAUACAUGUGCAGAUUAAACACACAAGAUAUACUGUAACGUGGGUAAUGGUGAGCUCCAGAGGUGAGUUUUGGUUUAGUAUAGUUGGCAACAAAGUCUAAAUGUGUCCCGAUGCUUCUGUUUCUCACACACAUGCAACCUCCUCGUGCUCAUUUUAAUCAUAAUAGUGUCUUUCGUCAGUUGAAGCCAGGCAUGUGAUCAACCACCCCCACUUGUCACAUCUCACUGGAAUAUGUUGCAUCUUGUUGACAAUAUGCGACCAGCCUACAAUAGACAUCGCUUGUAAGUCAUUUUUUAAAAUAAACAAUCAUCCAGAGGACGACCUGUUACUGUAGCCCGUCUGUAAGGCUUUUUUGGGUAACGUGCUGCAAACGCUGGUUGGACGUGUCACCCCGGGGGAAAUAAGUGUGACUGGAGGAGAUUAAUAACAGCGGGCUCACAGCCUGACGGAUAUGAACCCCUUAACAAAAGCAAAGCCGGUACACAAUAAACUCUCGGCCCUUGUGGGGGUUUGAACCCCCUUUUUAAAUCGCCGUAAAACAUGGCCGCAGCUGUACAAAUACAGUCUGAAGGGUAAAACAAGGACACGCAGGGAUGAGCCCAAGAGGAAGACGGAGAACUGAAACCCGUGUUCCUCUCAAAUAGUACCGCUCCUCUUUUGUGUCCCCAAAGCUGCGUCCACGCACAGCGAAAACUGUCCCUUUAAUAGCACCCUCCCUCCAUCCUUUUUAGUUUUUUUUUUUUUUUUUUUUUUUUUUAUCCCAUUUCCUUGCCUCCCUCUAUACCCACCCUUCUCCUCCCCCUCCUUUUUUUUUGCUCUGCGGUUGCCUUGACAACAGCAGCACUGCACCAUUCAUCUGUUGGAGACCUGAGCUCCUGUUCCUAUAGUGAGCUCCUCUCACGUCUAUACAUAACACGCUAAGCGCUAAUGCGGGCUCCUCGCGCGCGGGGGGGAAAGCUCCCUAUGCUGUUUUUGUUAUUGUGAAUUUUCUUCUUUUUUUUAAUUUCUUUUGUUGCGGCGAAAGGUUCUGGUCACCUGUCAGCCUCUCGGUACUACUUCCAUCAUAAAAGGUGUCACCUCCGUGUCCCCCGGUGACACAGUGACUGCUGCGUUUUCUUCCUUCCUCCUUCCCUUUUCCUCCCUCCCCUUCCUCUCUCCUCCUCCUCCUCUCGCUCCUCCCGUCACUGCCACAUCUCGCCCGGCUCUGUAUCAUUUACUGCGACUGCACUGAGCCGGCAGCAUCAGCACUGAAACCUGUGGAGAUCUCCUCCGAAAAAAGGAAACAAGAGGGAAGAAAGAGAGGAGGGUGAGAGAGAGAGAGAGAGAGAGAGAGAGCUUCCGUUUCUUCCGCAUUUAUCCUCUCCUGCUCGGCUGCAGGUGUUUGGGUUUUUUCUUCUUUCUUCCCCCCCCCCUACCCCCCCGUUUUCCCUUUUUCUUUUCUUUUGUUGCUUAUUUUUGAUGAGCUGGUCGUCGCUCAGGGAGCAAGGACUGCUCGUGUCGCUGGAGGGAGAGGGAGGGGAGCUGGUGCCGUACUCCAGCCUUCAGGAAUGCGAGAUCUGGUUUGAGAAUGCCCCUCUGCGGAAAGCAAAGUUUGUGGAGAGCCCUCGCAUUCCACAAUCAGAGCUUGGCUCCCCUACACACACCUCCACCACUGCCAAGAAUCCAGACCUGGACACAUACUGCCCUGGGGAGUCAAGCCAUGAGCUGGGCCCCCCUCCGUCGGUGGAUGAGGCAGCCAACACAUUGAUGACGCGCCUGGGUUUCCUUCUGGGAGACAAAGUGAGCGAGGGGCCAGCCGGUACCCAGUACAGCAUGGAGGAACCCGAGGCGAGACAGGGCCAGAACCAGAGGAUCAGCCCGUGCUCCACCCUGACCAGCAGCACUGCCUCACCCCCUGCAGGCAGCCCCUGCUCCACCCUCCCCCCUGCCAUGCCUGGCCAGGCCGGCAACAAGGACUGCGCCUACGGCUCCGUCACCAGUCCCACCUCAACCCUGGAGAGCAGGGACAGCGGGAUAAUAGCCACGCUGACCAGCUACUCGGAGAACAUGGAGCGAGGCGGCAAAUACGGCGAGGGCUCCCGGGGAAACCUGAAGCUGUGGCAGUCCCAGAAAUCAGGCAUGGACUCCUUCCUGUACAGGGUGGAUGAGAACAUGACCGCCUCCACCUACAGCCUCAACAAAAUCCCCGAGCGCAACCUGGAGAGCAUGUCCUCCCACUCUGCCCACUCCAUCCCUCUGUACCUCAUGCCCCGCCCUAACUCUGUGGCUGCUACUAGUUCAGCCCACCUGGAGGACCUGGCAUACCUAGAUGAGCAGAGACACACUCCGUUACGCACGUCGCUGCGCAUGCCCAGACAGAGCACCACCUGCGGGCCGGGUCGCUCCGGGCAGGACCUGAGAGCUUCCGCUAAUAACACCCAUGCCUGGCAAUCCCAGUCACUGCGUUUUGCACCCUAUCGGCCUCAAGACAUCGCCCUCAAACCUCUGCUGUUUGAGGUGCCCAGCAUCACCAUGGACUCCGUCUUCACGGGCCGCGAGUGGCUCUUCCAGGAGAUCGAUGCCCACCUCAACAGCCCCAACGCCAGCACCAACCGCGGCGUGGCGGUGGUGGGCAACAUCGGUUUCGGCAAGACCGCCAUCAUCUCUCGCCUGGUGGCGCUCAGCUGCCACGGCACCCGCAUGAGACAGAUCGCCUCCGACAGCCCUCAGGCCUCGCCCAAACAUGGAGAGGGGCUCCCUCUCACUCAGCCUCAGCCCACGCACGGCACCCUGGGAGGAGGCAGCUGUCCCGGGACCCCCGAGAUGAGGCGACGUCAGGAAGAAGCCAUGAGGAGGCUAGCGUCUCAGGUGGUGGCGUACCAUUACUGCCAGGCAGAUAACGCCUACACCUGCUUGGUGCCGGAGUUUGUGCACAACGUGGCGGCUCUGCUGUGCCGCUCGCCGCACCUCGUCGCCUACAGGGAGCAGCUGCUGAGGGAGCCGCACCUCCAGAGCAUCCUGAGUCUGCGCUCCUGCGUCCAGGACCCCCUGGCCUCCUUCAGGAGGGGGGUGCUGGAGCCCCUGGAUGCACUUUACAAAGAGAGGAAGAUCAACUCUGAGGAGGACCUCAUCAUCCUCAUAGACGGUUUGAACGAGGCAGAGUUCCACAAGCCGGACUACGGAGACACCAUCGUGUCCUUCCUCACCAAAACCAUCAACAAGUUCCCUCCCUGGCUCAAACUGGUGGUGACAGUCAGAACCACGUUACAGGAGAUCACCAACGCGCUGCCGUUCCACCGCAUCUCUCUGGACGGCCUGGAGGAGAACGACGCCAUAGACCAGGACCUGCAGGGCUACAUCCUGCACCGCAUCCACAGCAGCCCGGAGAUCCAGAACAACAUCUCGCUCAACGGCAAGAUGGACAACACCACCUUCGGCAAGCUCAGCGCCCACCUCAAGGCCCUGAGCCAGGGCUCCUAUCUGUACCUCAAGCUCACCUUUGACCUCAUCGAGAAGGGCUACCUGGUCCUCAAAAGCUCCAGCUACAAGGUGGUUCCAGUCAACCUGGCUGAGGUGUACCUGCUGCAGUGCAACAUGCGCUUCCCCACGCAGUCGUCGUUCGAGCGCGCGCUUCCUCUGCUCAACGUGGCCGUGGCCUCGCUUCACCCGCUGACCGAUGAGCAGAUUUAUCAGGCCAUCAACUCUGGUUCGCUGCAGGGCACACUGGACUGGGAGGAUUUCCAACAGCGUGUAGACAACCUGUCAGUCUUCCUGGUGAAGAGGAGGGACGGCACCAGGAUGUUUGUCCACCCGUCCUUCAGGGAGUGGCUGAUCUGGAGAGAAGAAGGAGAAAAGACAAAGUUCCUCUGUGAUCCGAGGAGCGGUCACACCCUGCUGGCCUUCUGGUUCUCUCGGCAGGAGAACAAGCUGAACAGACAGCAGACCAUUGAGCUGGGCCAUCACAUCCUCAAAGCACAUAUCUUCAAGGGUCUCAGCAAGAAAGUCGGAGUUUCCUCAUCCAUCUUGCAAGGCCUGUGGGUAUCCUACAGCACAGAGGGCCUUUCAGCUGCACUUUCUUCACUCCGAAACCUCUACACUCCUAACAUCAAGGUGAGCCGGCUGCUGAUGCUGGGCGGCGCCAAUGUGAACUACCGCACGGAGGUGCUGAACAACGCCCCCGUCCUGUGCGUCCACUCCCACUUGGGCUACAUGGACAUGGUGGGUCUGCUGCUGGAGUACGGCGCCUCGGUCGACUCUCCGUCCGAGAGCGGCCUGAUGCCGCUGGGCUACGCCGCCGCUGGGGGACACAUGGCCAUCGUGACGGCGCUUUGCCGCAGGAGAGCGAAGGUGGACCACCUUGAUAAGAACGGCCAGUGCGCUCUGGUUCACGCGGCCCUCAGGGGCCACAUGGAGGUGGUGAAGUUCCUCAUCCAGUGUGACUGGGGCAUGGGGCCACAGCAGCAGCAGUCUCCACAAACCCAACAACAGGCGGCCUUCACCAAGAGCCACGCGGUGCAGCAGGCCCUCAUCGCGGCAGCCAGUAUGGGAUACACAGAGAUUGUGUCCUACUUGCUGGAUCUGCCAGAGAAAGAUGAAGAGGAGGUGGAGCGCGCUCAGAUCAAUAACUUUGACACCUUGUGGGGGGAGACAGCUCUGACCGCAGCCUCCGGUCGGGGGAAGCUGGAGGUUUGUCGUCUGUUGCUGGAGCAGGGGGCGGCUGUGGCCCAGUCCAACAGACGAGGCAUCGUCCCGCUGUUCAGCGCCGUCCGACAGGGACACUGGCAGAUCGUGGACCUCCUCCUCACACAUGGCGCCGAUGUCAACCUGGCUGAUAAGCAGGGUCGUACUCCUCUAAUGAUGGCCGCCUCAGAGGGACACCUGGGGACUGUUGAGUUUCUGCUGGCUCAAGGAGCCUCUCUGUCUCUGAUGGACAAGGAGGGUCUGACCGCUCUGAGCUGGGCCUGUCUGAAGGGACAUCUACCCGUCGUCCGCUGCCUGGUGGAGAGCGGAGCCGCCACCGACCACGCGGACAAGAACGGACGCACGCCCCUCGACCUGGCUGCCUUCUACGGAGACUCGGAAGUGGUCCAGUUCUUGGUUGACCACGGGGCCAUGAUAGAGCAUGUAGACUACAGCGGGAUGCGUCCCCUUGACAGGGCGGUGGGCUGCAGAAACACGUCGGUGGUGGUCGCCCUGCUCAAGAAAGGAGCCAAGAUAGGAUGUCAGACGCUGCCCAGUCGGCCCCGAGGUCCAGCCACAUGGGCCAUGGCCACCUCCAAACCCGACAUCAUGAUCAUCUUACUCAGCAAACUCAUCGAGGAGGGGGACAGCUUCUACAAGAAGGGGAAGGUGAAGGAGGCAGCGCAGCGUUAUCAGUAUGCCCUCAAAAAGUUUCCACGCGAAGGCUUCAGCGAUGACCUCAAGACAUUCAGGGAACUCAAAGUAUCGCUCUUCCUCAACCUGUCCCGAUGUCGGAGGAAAAUGAACGACUUUGGGAUGGCUGAGGAAUUUGCUACCAAGGCACUCGAACUGAAACCAAAAUCGUUUGAAGCAUACUAUGCCAGAGCACGCGCCAAGCGUAGCAGCAGACAAUUUCCUGAAGCCUUAGAGGACCUGAACGAAGCCAUGAGGCAGUGCCCCAACAACCGAGAGAUCCAGCGGCUGCUCCAGAGGGUAGAGGAGGAAUAUCACCAGCUCAACGAGGAGGAGCAGCAGCAGCUGGAGCUGGAGCCUCCCCCCUCCCCUCCUCCUACGCCUCCCCCAGAAGACGAGGAGUCCCUGUCCCUGUCCCUGUCCAUGCCUCUUCCCCCUCCGCCAGAGCCCCGUCUGGAGGACAUGGAGCCCGUCCAGGACCUGUUUGAGGACGAGGACUACCUGGAGCAGGAGCUGGAGGCCAUGUCUGUGUGUCUGCCCCCACCCGAGUCUCUCAGCAAUCCGUCCAGCCUCACCAUCAUUCACAGCCCACCGCUCUCCCCAACACAUCCAGAUCAGAUCUACUUAGCUGGAGGUUUGCCCAUGGGCCAGCCUUACGAAUAUCACCCCACCUCCUCCUCCAUGUCCUCUCCAACCCGCGGGUCAUACCAGCACACAUCGCCCUCCCUCUCCCCAACACAUCAGAACCACUAUCGACACAGCCCGCCUCACACCUCCCCGGUGCACCAGUCGUCCUACGGCUUCGGCUCGCCUUCUAUGUGUCCUGGGGGUCAGGGGAUGGAUCACCAGAGCCCACCGCCUUCCCCUUUACGUCGAGCUGCUCAGUACAGAGCCAGUCCGCCAGUAGAGAGUGUUUGUAUGUACAGGUCCCAGUCUGGUUCACCUGUGCGCUACCAGACAGAGCAGCUCCCCGGCCGACCCAAAUCUCCCCUCUCCAAGAUGAGCAGCCAGCGUUCAUUCCAGCUGAGCUCUCAGCCUUCUCUGUCCUCCCAGCACCACCAAGCCCAAGGCCUUCGUCUUCAGCCUUCUAUAGCCCAAAUAGUCCGCACAAACCAGCCCAGCAACGUGAUGGGCAACAGCAUCUACGCUGGCCAGAUGGGGCACUCCAUGGGUGGUCGCUACCAGGGGGGUUCAGUGGACGUUGAGAGCCGGCUGGUGUACCAGCCCUCCCUGGAUGGACGGUCCAUGCCCCAGGUCCAGGCCAGCCUCAGCUCUGGGGCCCUCUGUCAGCACGGUGGCCGAGGAGGGGUUAUGGAGUCGAGCCUGUUGAAGGAUGAGCUACCCCAGCGCCCCUCCUCUGCCUACCGCGCCAGCAGCGGGGGCCCAGGGGGCAUCCGUUACAGCCAGACACCUCAGAUAAGCCGUAGCCAGUCGGCCGCCUACUACCCGGUCUCUGAACACGUGCUGGAGCGAGCCAAUGCCAUGCCCCCUUGCCAGCUGGGCUCUCCUGAGAUCCCACAUAUGGUGAGACGCCCCGUCAGUGCCAAUACUACUGAGUUGAAGCAGCAUGUGCCCACCCCCAGGCCUCUCAUCCAUUCUCAGAGCGUAGGCCUUCGAUUCUCCCCCUCCAGCAACAACAUCUCAACUGGAUCCACCUCAAAUUUAGCGCCGGGUUUCAGGCCGUCCUCUUCCAUCCAGCAGAUGGAGAUCCCCCUGCAAGCCACUUAUGAGCACGCCUGCGAUGACAUGUCUCCCAUCUCUCCCUCCCAGGGUGGCGGGGGGCUGUAUCCGGGCGAGAGCACCCGCUCUCGGAACACACCCUUCAUGGGCAUCAUAGACAAGACGGCGCGGACUCAGCAGUACCUGCAUCAGCCCUCGCGGUCCAGGGCCAUGACGUCGAUGGACUCUGUCAUCAGCCCCACUUCGCCUGGCCAGCUGGUCCACCAAGGCUCCACCUACAGUCCCCCCGCCUCGCUGGGCAACAUCGCCUACUACAACAAGACCAACAACGCCCAAAAUGGACACCUGUUGGAGGAGGACUACUACACCCAGACCCAGCCCCCCUCGCUGGGCAAGCUGACCAACGGCUCUCGCGGCAAUGGGGACAUCCUGGAGCGGGUCAGCCAGGUGCCCACCUACCCGGAUGUGAAGGUGGCGAGGACUCUGCCCGUGGCACAGGCCUACCAGGACAACAUGUACCGCCAGCUCUCGCGUGACUCCCGGACCCAAGGCCCCACCUCCCCCAUCAAACCAAAGAGACCGUUUGUGGAGUCAAAUGUGUGAUGGUCUGUCUGUGAUUGGUUGGCUGUGGACUGGACUUGUUAGUGGGAAGUGAGAGGUGAAAAAUAUUUAGCUCAACAGCAGAUGCUGCUGACCCUUGUGUAUGUGGACAUGGACGAACUCAUCCUAAAGAACUCAUCGGGAGACAGUCAGAGAGAAAACCACACACACUUAGGGUACUAGACAUUAUCCGAAAAACAUAACUAACGGAGAGAAGCGAUUAUUUCAUUAUCAUAUUCUGCACACAGGUGAGAUAACAGGAGGGUCCUAAGUGCUGAUCUCAUACUGAAUCAAAGACCAGCGCACUUCAACAUGUUGUGUGGCACAAAGAUCCCACAAGUGAACACAACAGCGGGCGGGACUGUAAGAGUGAAAGUACUAAUCAUCGGACUCUACUUGUGGACUCUGUAUCCAUCUUCUGUUCUUUCAAAGUGUGCUCUUAACCAAGGUUGCUAGUAGGCUCUAUUCUAUGUAAUACAAUAGUAUAUGUUCAAUACUGUACAUUGCUCAGAAAAUACAAAUGGCUCAACAACUCAGUACUUAGAGAAAAAUGACAAUAUUUAUAAUUAAGUUAUAUAUUGUACAUAGAAAGAAAACAUAGUUUGCGUUUGAAUUGUAUUCUGUUAACCUUGCCUUUGUGUCCCACUGCUAGUCAUAUGGAUGUGGAAAACCGAGCAGGGUAAGGAAUGAGGGACAACGACCAACUUUGAGUGAUAUAAUUACCUCUAUUGUGGCAAAAUAAAAAAGAUUCUGUUGUGGUUUAAUGAGAGAAAAUGCGUUCUCUGCUGCAGUACGUCCUCGAUGAUCGGAAGGCCGCACCCGACGAGUACUUUCUUUAUCGGUUAAUCUACAGAUUCUUUUUUUCUGUACAAUGUCAGAAAAUAGUCAAAGAAAUCGAGUAUAAUCCAACAUGACGCCUUCAAAACCCCAAAGACAUUCAGUUAAAGAUAUAUAACACACAGAAAAGCAGUGAAUCUUCACACCGGAGGAAGCUAGAACCAGAGAACGUUUGGCCUUUUAAUUUCCCGUCAAUCAAAUUGCUUUUAGCUCUAAAUUUACAAACACUUAUAGAGAUUAAAAUCUUACCCAAAGUACCACAUAGUGCAUGUAUGCACUUUUGAAAAGCCCAGGUAUUAAAAAGCUUUUUUUUGCAUAUAUUUUGUUGAUUCAAUCAUUUUAAACUUUGCCUCAUUUCUUAGGUUCAGAUACACAAAUUAUGACUUUCUAUAAAUGUUUUAUUUUGGAUAAUUACUAUAUCACAGACCUCAGGGUCAAGGCUGAAAUCUCUGACAUAUUGGACCAGCUCCCUGUCAAUAAACUGCUUUGAAUACUCAAUCAUCUGCUUACAUAAACAGGCGAAGCAUCAGUUGCUGUAGGGUUUUUUUACAAGCUCGUCUGAUAGUUUUUGCAGAAUUCUUUAAACUUGUUUCGAGGACAGAUCGAUGUAUUUGGCCUUGAGUGCAAUAAAUUCUAGUUUGAAUCUUUGGUUACAGGAAGUUUUAAUCAAUGAAUGAUGCUGGUCAAAUGCUGAAUAGGGUGAUUUUAUCAUGUGGCACAUGGGUAUCAAAGUUGGUCUUUGUCCCUCCUCCGCAGGUAAUCGCGCCGUGUGUUCCUGAGACAGAGUACAUAUGCUAGUGAUGGGUUGACAUGGAUAGUGCUCAGCGAUUAAAAGCAAGCAAAUGCAUACACAACCACUGUUACAGACGUUUCCCCUUUCUCCUGCAUUAUUCUGUGUCGUUUCUUUUUACCCACAAUGCAUUUUUAUUCCGCCACUUCUGCACUAAAAAUGCCUGUUAAGUUCUUAACUAAGGGUGCACUUUAUGUAUUUUACUUACUUUGUUGUUAUGAUUGUUGGAAUUGGAGAAAGUGGGUUUGUGAUCAAACAGACCUCUGACCAGUGAUACCAGACUAUCAUAGACACUAUUAUUAAUAUUAUUAUUAUUGUUGUAUGAUUUACAAAGCAGUGAUGAAUGACAAUAUGAAGAGCAAACAAUGUUUUUGAACUGAUGAAGAUGUAUAGACUUUCUAGCACAAGUUGUAUAUACUGACUCAGAUAUUCCACUCACUUCAGCUCGGGUUUGUUAGUGAAGCAAGUCCGUUUCAGGAGUCCAAUCAUAUUUAAGUAUUCCACAUCUUUAAAAUAAAAUAUAUAUACAUUAAAGUCCUCUAUCUCUAGAUCAGCCAGUCUAAUCUACUGGCUUUGCACACAUCUUGAAAUUAAGUCGAAUCUACUGCAACAAAAAUAAAGAGUAUGACUGAGGUUUCAGUGCCCUGAAACUCCAUGUUUGGGUGAUGGAGAAAGUGGAAUACUGAGAAUAUCCAAGUUAAUUGUAUAUGUGGGAAAAGUUAUAGACCAUUUGUCUGUAACAUUUUAUUUUGGUUUCUCUGAUAAAGAAUAUCUAAGGAGGGACAGUUCCUUCUCAGUUCCACCUGCUACCAGAGAGAUGCCCUACUCUUCUUUACAGAAGUGAAGAUAUGAGCUGUAUUAUACUUAAUUUAAGAGGACUUCUAAGUUGAGGAUAUUCAAGGGUGUAUGGUUUCAAGCUGUCUAUGUAUAUUAGUUUGCUGUAAAUAAUCUGAUGCAUGUUCUAUUCUUUCCAUGAGCUCAAGCAGAAACAUGUAUAGCGGUGUUCUGACCCUGGUGUGUGAUACAACGUUGGGAUCAAGAUAAGGAGACUGCUAUCCCUGAACUGUCCUUAUCAUUGUCCUUCAAUCUCACCAGACAAAAAGCAAAAGGUUCUUUUAUUUUAUUUUAAUGUAUUUGCUUGCUGAGCAGAGUUCUCUUGUCUGUAAAUGUGAGCUUUCAGAUCGCUGUGAUAAAAAGUUUAAUUAAAAACAAUAAAAAAGAAUGUGUUUUUAUCUCAUGAUAACUGAUUGUAAUCUGUACAGUCAAACCUAUGUAUUGGAGACAAAAAAAGAACAUAUUUAUAAAUGGUUACCAACUGAAACACA